AUGGCUCUGAUCCUCCUCCCGCUGCUUCUGCAAACAGGACUCGUUUUGGGAUCAAAUUAUGGAUACGUGGAAUGGUCGGAAAACGACAGAGACGAGAAAAACCCGCCAGUGUUUAGCACGCAGAGCAUCAAGCGGGAGCCGCCCCUCCAGCCCACCUCGUACCCGCUACAGCCGACAGAGCGCACGGUGGUGGCGCACAAAAUAGAGGAGGACCUUCCCAGGGUGGUGACGGCUUUCCUGCACACCGGGGACUCCUCCGCUCUGAGGCAGGUCAACUGCUCCCGGAGGUAUGAGCUGAGCAGUCUGCGUGGCGGCCUCCACGUCGCCUCUCAUUACUCCCUGCACAGCGUCCUGGACACGGUGGCUCACGCCACCAACUUCCUCAACAUGAUCCUGCAAACUAACAGGUCCCGCGAGCGAACCUUCCACAGGGACAUCCACUGGUACCACGCGCUGGUUCAAAGCAUCCUGGAGGGGGAUCCGAAAAUCCACAGGGCAGUGGUGACCCUGCACACGGACGCCUCGACCCCCGGACCUCAUGUUUUUCUCCAGGCGACCAGGACUGGAAAUGAGGUGGUGCUGCAGGACCUGUCUGGGUCAGCGCGCCGUCACCUGAACAACAGGAGCCCGGAGUCUGACUGGUUCCAUGACUUCAGGGACGGGAGGAGACCUCAGGCGCGCGGAGGAGCCCCUGAUGGAUCGGGCCCCAACAGUGGAAGUUAUCUCCUGAGCAAGAACCAGAUCAGAUGGUCCGCGCCUUACCUGGAGUGUGAACAUGGGACUUUUGUGCCAUAUUGGCUGCUCACCUUGUCUGCUGUUUUUUAUGGUCUGAAGAGCAACUCUGCACCAGAGUUUAGGGGGGUAAUUCGUGUGGACGUGAAUCUGCAGGAUGUGGAUAUUGACCAGUGCUCCAACAGUGGCUGGUUUGCUGGGACUCAUCGCUGUAAUCUAACCAGUAUGGAGUGCACUCCCAUCGGCGGCCAUGGAUUUGUGCUGGACAAAUACAAGUGCCAGUGUAGGAAAGGAUUUUACCAUCCGAGCCGGGUGGCGCUCAAUGGCUUUAAAAACAGGGAGCAAAGCUCUUACAGAGAUGAGACCUCUGACGUGUCCAACAAGUGCCUGCCAUGCAGGGAGGGCUGCCCAUACUGCCAGGACGACACGCCCUGCUUGGUGCAGGAGGACGGCGGUCUGCGGCUCUCCGUGGCCUCCUUCCAGGGUCUGUGCAUGAUGCUGGACCUCGCAAGCAUGCUCCUGGUCUACCGUUUCAGGAGAAACAAGAGCAUCCGUACAUCUGGUCUCAUUCUACUGGAAGCCAUCUUGUUCGGGGUGUUACUGCUGUACUUCCCAGUGAUAAUCCUGUACUUCAAUCCCAGUGUGUUCCGCUGCAUCCUGCUGAGAUGGGUUCGCCUACUGGGAUUCGCCACCACGUACGGCACCGUCAUCCUCAAGCUGUACAGGGUGCUGAAGGUUUUCCUGUCCCGCACGGCCCAGAGGACCCCAUACAUGACCAGCUGGCGUGUCCUACGGCUGCUGGCGGUGAUUCUCCUCAUUGUGCUGUGGUUUUUGGUGGCUUGGACCUCUGCUGUGUGCCAGAGUCCAGAGCUGAGUCGAAGUCUCAUAGUUGCAGGCUUCAACCCUGAGGGACUGCAGUUUACAAUGUGCCUGCUGGACCGAUGGGACUACAUGAUGGCAGUGGCUGAGUUCCUGUUCCUGCUUUGGGGAGUGUACCUGUGCUAUGCUGUCCGCACCAUCCCCUCUGCUUUCCAUGAGCCGCGUUACAUCGCUGUGGCCAUCUACAAUGAGCUCCUUAUAUCGGCAAUCUUCCACAUCAUCAGGUUCUCGUUGGCUCCUGGGCUUCACCCCGACUGGAUGCUCAUGUUAUUCUUUGCUCAUACUCAUCUGACUGUGACCGUAACUCUGGCGCUGCUGCUUGUUCCAAAGUUUGUUACCAAAGGCGCUCCGGCCCGAGACGAUAUCGCCACUGAGGCCUAUGAGGAGGAGCUGGACAUGGGACGAUCCGGCUCUUAUAUCAACAGCAGCAUCACGUCUGCCUGGAGCGAGCACAGCUUGGACCCAGAGGACAUACGGGAAGAGCUGAAGAAGCUGUACGCCCAGCUGGAAAUCCACAAAAGGAAAAAGAUGCUCGCCAACAACCCUCAUCUUCAAAAGAAGCGCAACUCAAAGAAAGGCCUGGGUCGCACCCUGAUGAAACGGAUUACAGAGAUCCCAGAGACCAUGCACUUGCACCGCCAGUGCAGCCGAGAUGAUGGCAGUGAGCACGGAAGCAACCGUAGCACACUGAGGAGAAACCAGCUGGAGGCGAGCUGUCAAGGAAAACUUCGAGACGACUCUCUGAAAAACAAGGUCACAGGGCUGACGAAGUCACUCAGCUUUGACCAUGUUUGUGAGCAGGAUGCUGAAACUGGAAGCCAAACUGGCUCAGUUCCAGGAGACAAAAUGACUCCCGUUGGAGAGGGGUCUUUUCUAGGGUCCCUUAUUAGCCGCAGACACAAGAAGCAUCUGGAAACAGCCGGGACUCUGCCGAGGCUAGAGUCCGCUGAGUCCACUGAGUCCGUUCCGCUCUUCUGGAAGUCUGCCAGCGCUCACAACCUCACCCAUGAGAAAAAACCCAUCCACCUGCGGACCUCCAUCAUGCAAAAGUCUCUGAGUGUGAUUACCAGUGCCAAGGAGAAGAUGCCAGUACUUUCUAACAAGACUCAAAGUGUGGAAGAUGCCAGUAAGAAGGGUCAGAAGGCACCGGCGGAGAGAACUCUGUCAGAAGUGGAUGAGAUGCCUGAGCAUUUCCCCAAAAUGAUCAUUAGCCAAUCAGUGGAGUACUCCAAGACUCCCUUGAAGAUGGGAAUAAUGAAACAACAGGUAAGCGGCAGUCAGCCAUCCAUUUGCUCUGAGACAGGGAGGAGCCUCUAUGAUGUUUCGGAGGUUUGUCCCUGGGAGCUGGAUGAAGCUCAGACUCCCACUGAGUCAAAGAUCCAGAAGCAUGUUUCCAUAGCUCCAUCAGAACCUGCCUCAGGUCGAAGAGGCAGUAGCAGCAGCUCAGGAACUGCCAAAGUCAGUCGGUCUCAGCAGAGGCAGAAACCUGGGCAGUCUCCAUCAAACAAGCGGCGCUCUAAGGAGAAAGGGGGAGAAAGGGAGGAGAGGAAGGCCAGGCCACCAAAAUCACCUCUCCCUCUCAAGCCGGACGUGAGCCCCUGGCAGUUUGAUGAGCAGCCCAUGGUUGGAGGAGAUUCUGACUCCAUCUCUCCUGACAGGAUCAGGAGAAAGAAAAGUGUCACACCAACUGAUGGGAAACCUAAAGGACUCCACUCAGACCACUCCAAGUCCACAGGGAGCCUCUUACAGCCCCCAUCACUCAUGGUGGAAAUCUGCCCCUGGGAUUACGGAGGCCCCCCUUCUCCUAAGCAGGAAAAAACCUGCAACAGUCCCAUCUUGCACAAUAAGAAACGUAAGGGCUCCUCCUCAUCCGCCCACAAAUCAGAGAAGGAUCGAACGAGGGAGAAAAGCAAGGAAAGGCGUAGCUCAUCCAGCAAGCCACCAUCGGAAAGGAGACGGGUUAGCCAGUCCUCUGAGGGUGGAGGGAUGGUUACUGAGAGGAGGAGGAGCUCAACCAGAGACGUCGAGGUUUUCUCCCGUGACUACGAGCCCUCGCACACUCACAGCGGCAUGGCUCAGACUAAAAAAUCCCCUGAAAAGAAGAAAGAGAAAGCUUUGCGCAGUAGUUAUAAACCUGCAGUUCUAAGCAGCGCAAAAAUGGUUGAUGUUUGCCCCUGGGACUUCCCAGAGAAGGAUUCAGGGGAGAGGGCAUGAUAACUGUUGGGAUGAUUUGAUCCUUCUAUACUCGCUGAGUGAGAGCUCAGAGAACAAAGGGAAGCUAAAAAUAUACCAGCGUGUUUGGUACAUUUUUUUCCCUCUUCAUGUCAUCUAAGUGAAAAGGGCCUUGUAAGCCCUUUAGGUCUUCUGUCCAGACAGACCUAUUUACAGAGCUCUCAAAGCAACCUUGUUGCUUUAAAAAGGACAUUUAUUUUAUCUGCACACCUGCCUGCACAUCUGUCAUAGUUUGUAUGUUUUAUCAGCUUUAAUACAUCUUGAAGGUAUAUAAAAGAUUCAUGCCUGCGCUAGUAAGCUGAGCAGACAAUCAUCCAACUGUAAAACCUGAGUUCCUCGGCCUGAGCUCGACGCUUGUUGAAAAACACAGAGAGAGCAAAAAGAAAAACUUAUGGAGGAAGGAGAACAUGGGCUCUCAGGCUCUAAGACACAGGAGUAAAACAACAGACACCACUGCAAUUCCUUGUCUUUGGGCAAAAUGCAUUAUUAAUGGGAUGAAAACGAUGUGUUAGAUUAACCAAUCAUGGGAAUAACAAAGCUUUGCACUACAGCUUAAUGAAGGAAAUGGUUUGAGUAAACGUUCUCCAUUUGAAAUGCCUUGCAAAAGCAGUCAUAUCCCAAAAAUAUUCUAAUUUCCUCAUGCUACAUUCACAAUCUGGGGCGUCUUCAUUUAAGCCCCCAUUAUUAUGACAGCCUUAAAUAAAACCCUCUGUCAACAUUUGCAUUUACAAAUAAAAAUUAUUUCUAGAGUUGGCAUGUGGGAUUUUAGCCUCCCUGUAGUUAAACCACAGCCGCUCUAUGAAACAUCCUGAGGUUUAUUGCUUUAAUUGGGCUCAUUUACACAAAUUUGACUCAUGGCUCUCUAGACAAAAAAAAAUGUAGAGAAAUAUACAUCAAGAUUGAUCAUGCAUACCAAUUUGAUCCGUCAUAAAGCCAUGCAAUCAAAUUUAGUCUUUUAUUUCAGUCAGUGAAAGCUUUUUCUAUCUAAGGAAAUCCGGUGGUUGCAGCAAUCUUUUUUAAAGAACAAGCACAUGGCUACAGUGGGAAGGAAAAUUCCCAAUUAGAACCAGGUUCAAUGCUAACCACCAUUUAUCACGUCUGAUUAAUGGUUGCAUAAAACCGAGCACAAAACAACACAGAAAUCCUGGUCCAGGAACACUUUGAAUAAAAGUAAGGAGUUAUUGAAAGGAGUAGGUCCUUUAGUGGCUUCAUCUAGAAGAGAAACACAGGUUGACAUAUACGUUUUGAACUUAUGGUAGUAUAAAAAAAACAGCCUUAUCGUAUACAUAUAGUCAGUGACUUUGUUGAUAUUUAAACACUUUAUUUUCCUUCUU